AUUAAUUAUAGUUAAUUUAGAAAUGAAUACUUUGCAAUCCAUUAUCUAACAAAGAGUUUUAUAGUAAAUAAAUAAGCAAAAAACAGAACCAUUAGAAUCCUUAUAUAUUACUUAUGUAAAUUGAAAUAUAAAGUUUAGUCGUCAGCUACCAAAAUAAAAUUACCUUUAGAGGAUGCUGCUUAAGUCAGAAAAUCUAUGCAAGUAAUUCCAAAUUUAAGUAGGGUAUUCAAAGUGUUCAUCUUCAGAAAUAACAAUCUGAAGCUUUGAUUUCUAAUAACAAAGAGUCUGUUCUGAAAGUUGAUAACAAUAAUGCUAUAGUUUAACUUAAGAAUGAGGAAAACAAAUAAGGUCCAUAGAAAGGAAGAUUUUUAGUAAGAAAUGAAUAUGGCAGCAAACCAUAAUCUGAGAAUAAAAUUACUCAUUCUUCUGUUGUUCCCAACAAAUAUCAUAAAAAUUAAUUAUCUUUUGGGGAAGAUGGAAAAAAGAUAAAAGCAGAAGAUAUCUGGAAGAGAAGAAAGGAUUAUGACUAAAAAGUCAGAUAAUUUCAUUUACCAAAAAUUAGAGAAUAUAAUAGAUUUCAAAACAAUAGUUCAUAAAAACAACAAUCCGGAUAACACACUGCGGAAAUUUAAUUCUCUGACAUCUUCAAAGAAGAUUUAGAUGAUGAUUUAUUGUAGGAAUACAAUGAGAAGUAAUUUAAAAUGCUAUAAAUUAGAUAUUAUAAAAAAUAACUCUUUCUUUGGAAUAAAAAAUAGAGAUAAUUUGAUUUGGUAAAUGAUGAUUUAUUUGAUUGA